AUGUCGAUCGACGGCGCAGACCAGUACGAUGUUAUUUCUCAAAGGUACCGCAAGGGGCUGCACACUUACAUCAUCACGCUCAAAUUCCCUGACCUUUCUGUGGUUCAUCAGGAUGACCUAGAACGCAUUGGCUACGGAGGCGACGUCUGGGAAUUCCGAGCAGAUUUGCUAGAGUGUCCUUUACUUGGGAAGACGGCCGUGCAACCGAUUCAGUUUAUCAGGAACCAGCUGCAGAUCCUUCAACGGUCGACCCAGCUCCCCAUUCUCUUCACGGUGCGCACCGUUUCACAAGGAGGUAGAUUCCCGGAUGACGCGGCGCACGAAGCACUGGCGCUGAUGAAGCUCGCUGUUGAGCUGGGCUGUGCGUACAUCGACGUGGAAAUUAACUGGCCGGCCUUCGUGAUUGACGAAAUCCGUGCUCUGGUGACUUCUUCGCGGAUUGUCGCUUCCUACCACGAGCUCUCGACGAACGUGAGAUGGACGAGCGCGGUACUGCAGGAGAAACUGGUGGCACUCGAUGCAGUUGGUGAUGUGCUGAAGCUAUGUGUUCAGUCGGUAGACAUCAACGACAAUCUUGAGCACGGCCUCUUCCUUCGGGACUAUCAGAGGUGCAUGGAAAAGCCCAUCAUCGCUGUGGCCAUGGGCCUUCAUGGACGACUGUCACGGUUCUUGGCCCCCAUCGCCUUUGUGGCACACAGGUUGAUCCCGCAACCGCCUGAAAGUGAACAAUUAACCUUGUCACAAAUCAAUCAAGCCUUGUGGCUCCUCGGCCAACUCCCAACGAGGAAGUUUGUUCUUGCUGGAAUCGAUCCAUUUCACUCUUCAAUCCCGUUCCUUGCGGCGUUCGAGGAUUUGGGCUUGCCCUACAGCAUCUAUGAAGCAAAUCAUAAUUGGCAAACCGUUGCGGCGCGACCCGACUUUGGUGGCGCCUGUUCAUCUGGGUGGGAACUCCAAGUAGGCCAGAACAUGCCAGAGUUGGAGCUUUCGCCUGCUGCUCGAACAAUUGGACUUGUCGACACAAUCUCGGUCACAGAUACGUCAGGCGAGCGGUUACUUUGUGGCGACAACACGACAUGGACCGCGAUCAAGGCUUGUAUUGGAAAGUGCAAGAUGGCCUGUGCUAGCAAGACAACAGUUCUCGUCGUCGGAGUCGGUCAACGAUCUAGGGCAGCGUGUUAUGCCGCUCAACGUCUAGGGGUCCGGAAUAUAAUUGUUAUCAGCGCGGAUGAAGACAAAGCGCAGGCGAUGGCGGUCGACUUCCAUGGUCGUUCCUCGAGACCGACAGAGCUUAAGGAUGUAAUGGAGUCUUUGGCCAUGGACGAGGGCCUGAUUGUCUUCAAGUGUGGUGGACACGAUCUGCAAGACGAAGAGUUGAGCGAACAUGUACCUUCCCAAUUGGAUCCCGUGUGCAUCGAACUCGAGCUCGAGCUCGAGCUAGGGCAGACACCUCACUCGCGAGACUGGGCGAGCACAGCAAGGUACCCCGCACACUGGAAGGUAUAUACACUCAGUGACGUCCUGAGAGAGCAGUCUUACCUGCAAUUCGAGAGUUGGACCCAGAGACAGGCUCCCAGGUUGGUGAUGAAGUCUGCAAUGAAGGCUCAGGCCAGGCUUUCCCCUAAGAAGGGGCGACCAGAACUCCAGGAAUAUCCCAGGGCAUUGAUAUAG